AAGACAUCAACACCUUACACGGCACCUAUCAAUACCUCAAAAGUACCGGACAGUUAAACGAUUUGACAACGGAAAAACUGAACAAUACACCCAAGGCCUCAAUAGAUAUAGUAUUUUUCAAUCGUGUACCUAAAGUGGGCAGUCAAACCCUAAUGGUGCUUUUGCAAUUAUUGGCCAAACGUAAUAACUUCCAGGCGACACGUGACAAACCCAGCAGCACUGAAACCAUAAUGAUGACACCCACAUUUGAACUGGGUCUAGUGGAGGAGAUUAUGGAAAAAGGUGAACCAACCUCAUAUUCCAAACAUGUAGCCUAUGUGGAUUUUGAUGCCUUAGAUUAUCCCCAACCCAUAUAUAUCAAUAUGGUGAGAGAUCCAGUUGAACGUAUUAUCUCUUGGUUCUAUUAUAUUCGUACACCCUGGUAUAUAGCCGAACGUAAGAGAUUAUUUCCCCAACAAUAUAAAUUGCCAAGUGUGCCGUUUUUGAAAAAAGAUUUUUCCGAAUGUGUUUUGAAAAAUGAUCGUGAAUGUACGUUUAUACAAAAUGAAUUACAGGGUCUGGGCGAUCAUAGAAGACAGGUGUUGUUCUUUUGUGGUCAAGAUGCGAAAACUUGCAUGCCCUUUAAUUCCUACGAAGCUAUGCAAAGAGCUAAACAACAUGUUGAAACCAAAUACGCUGUAGUGGGUUCUUGGGAGGAUACCAAUGUUACUUUAACCGUUUUAGAGAAUUAUAUACCACGUUUCUUUAGUGGUGCAGCUGAGGAAUAUUAUAAAGCUGAAAAUCGUUUACAUAAAACUAAUCGUAAUUCUUUUCGUCCUCCGGUUACUAACGAAGUUCGUCGUAUUUUAAGUAAAAAUCUUACUAAUGAAAUUGAAUUUUAUCAAUUUUGUAAACAACGUUUGUAUAAACAAUAUUUGGCUAUAUAUCUAUUAAGCUCACAAAAUGUUAAAAGCUCUCUAAGAUGGCAAUUAUUUUAAGUUUUACUGCUAAUAUUUUUAAAAUAAAA